AUGAAGUGCGCGGCAUAUGUUGCGGUGUUGGCGGUAUUGGUGAGGAACUCCCACGAAGCCAUCCUCAAACUGCCUACAUACUUGAAACCCUGCUCCAGAAACGAUUCCAACUUUAAUGCCUGCGCUCUGAAGAACGGAAUUUCAGCUUUGCCUAAACUUGUCAAAGGAGACGCGAGCCUGCACAUCCCAGUGCUGGACCCACUCCGUCUGGACCGCAUCGACGUGAAGCAAGGCUCGGGCCCCGUCAGGGUCGAGCUGGCGCUCACCGACGUCUCCGUGCAAGGCCUCAAGGACGCCGAUCUCAAGGCCAUCGAUUUCGAUUUGGCCAAAAACACUCUGAACGUGAACUUUAUAGUGAAGAAACGGGCAGAUGUCAGUUCCAGGUAUAGCGUAGAUGGCCAAAUCCUUGUCCUGCCAAUAAAAGGUGACGGAGAUUUCAACCUAAAGAUUGAUGGCUUGGAAGGCACAUUCAAGUGCAAGUUCGACCUUAUCAAGAAGGAAGAUGGAAAGCAGUACGCCAAGAUUCGUGACAACAGUUUUGAUUUUGAGAUUUCAAACGCGAUUUUCGAUCUGAAGAACCUUUUUAAUGGCGACAAAGUCUUAGGCGACACGAUGAACACCUUCCUGAACGAGAACUGGAGGGAGGUGUACGGCGAGAUCAAGCCUGCCGUGGCUGAGGUGGUGAGGACUGUCAUCGUGAGGAUACUGGACGAGUUCACCAGCCUGCUGCCGUACGACGAGCUGUUCGCCGCCUGAUACUACGUCUUAACUAAGUUAAAUACCUUAUAAUUGUAAAUAAUCCAAUAAAUUACGUAAACCGUC